AUGGAUAUCGGCUUGAGAAUUCUUGUCGUUUCCGCAUUUAUUAUUACUGUGACAGCAGAGGUUUACAUUGUGACUAUGGAAGGAGAUCCAAUCAUAAGUUACAAAGGUGGAGAAAAUGGUUUUGAAGCAACUGCUGUCGAAUCUGAUGAGAAGAUUGAUACAUCAAGUGAGUUGGUGACAUCGUAUGGUCGUCACUUAGAGAGGAAGCACGAUAUGAUUCUUGGGAUGCUCUUUGAGGAAGGAUCAUACAAAAAGCUUUACAGCUAUAAACACCUUAUUAAUGGAUUUGCAGCUCAUGUUUCUCCUGAGCAGGCAGAAACACUUCGUCGCGCCCCCGGAGUGAAGUCUGUCAACAAAGACUGGAAAGUGAGGAGACUCACCACGCAUACACCGGAGUUUCUGGGACUUCCAACAGAUGUUUGGCCGACAGGUGGUGGUUUCGAGAGAGCAGGAGAAGAUAUUGUAAUCGGCUUUGUUGACUCAGGGAUUUAUCCGCAUCACCCGAGUUUCGCCUCUCACCACAGACUACCUUAUGGCCCUCUUCCUCAUUACAGAGGGAAAUGUGAAGAAGAUCCUCAUACAAAGAAGAGCUUCUGCAACAGGAAGAUUGUUGGAGCUCAACAUUUUGCUGAAGCUGCUAAAGCGGCUGGUGCAUUUAACCCUGAUAUCGACUAUGCAUCGCCAAUGGAUGGCGAUGGCCACGGAAGUCAUACAGCAGCUAUUGCAGCUGGGAAUAAUGGUAUUCCGUUGAGAAUGCACGGUUAUGAGUUCGGAAAAGCAAGUGGGAUGGCUCCACGUGCAAGGAUUGCUGUUUACAAGGCUCUUUACCGGCUUUUUGGAGGCUUUGUUGCUGAUGUAGUUGCUGCGAUUGAUCAGGCUGUUCAUGAUGGAGUUGAUAUCCUUAGCCUCUCUGUUGGUCCAAACAGUCCUCCAACAACGACCAAGACAACAUUCUUGAAUCCAUUCGAUGCUACGCUUCUUGGAGCUGUAAAAGCUGGUGUUUUCGUUGCUCAAGCUGCUGGUAACGGAGGCCCAUUUCCCAAGACUUUGAUUUCAUAUAGCCCCUGGAUAACUACUGUCGCAGCUGCAAUUGAUGAUCGAAGAUACAAAAACCAUCUUACCCUUGGGAAUGGAAAAAUGCUGGCUGGGAUGGGAUUAUCUCCAUCAACUCGGCCUCAUCGGUUGUACACUUUGGUUUCUGCAAAUGAUGUUCUGUUGGAUUCAUCUGUUUCCAAGUAUAAUCCAUCUGAUUGCCAGAGACCAGAAGUUCUGAACAAGAAACUGGUUAAAGGAAAGAUUCUCCUCUGUGGAUAUUCUUUCAACUUCGUUGUUGGUACGGCUUCAAUCAAGAAAGUCGUUGAAACCGCCAAGCAUCUCGGUGCUACUGGUUUUGUUCUCGUCGUUGAAAAUGUGUCUCCGGGAACAAAGUUCGAUCCCGUUCCUUCUGCCAUUCCAGGAAUCCUGAUUACAGAUGUGUCUAAGUCAAUGGAUUUGAUCGAUUACUACAACGCCAGUACAUCAAGAGAUUGGACAGGACGAGUAAAAAGCUUUAAGGCCGAGGGAAGCAUAGGAGAUGGUUUAGAACCUGUUCUUCACAAAUCAGCACCUCAAGUGGCAUUGUUCUCAGCUAGAGGACCCAAUACCAAAGAUUUCAGCUUUCAAGAUGCUGAUCUUCUCAAACCGGAUAUUCUUGCACCCGGUUAUCUGAUAUGGGCUGCUUGGUGUCCAAAUGGAACAGACGAACCCAACUACGUCGGCGAAGGAUUUGCGCUAAUAUCAGGAACCAGCAUGGCUGCACCACACAUAGCCGGGAUAGCUGCACUUGUGAAGCAAAAGCAUCCUCAAUGGAGCCCAGCUGCUAUCAAAUCAGCUUUGAUGACAACCUCAACAGUCAUAGAUAGAGCAGGAAGGCCUCUUCAGGCACAGCAAUAUUCAGACACAGAGGCUGUAACGUUUGUUAAAGCCACUCCUUUUGAUUACGGAAGUGGCCAUGUCAAUCCUAGUGCUGCUCUAGAUCCUGGUCUUAUCUUUGAUGCAGGUUAUGAGGAUUAUCUUGGAUUCUUGUGCACUACACCAGGAAUCGAUGCCCAUGAGAUAAGAAACUACACAAACACGCCUUGUAACUAUGAGAUGAAACAUCCUUCAAACUUCAAUGCACCAUCUAUCGCCAUUUCUUACCUUGUGGGUACCCAAACGGUAACAAGGAGAGUGACGAAUGUGGCUGAAGUAGAAGAAACGUACACAAUAGCAGCUAGGAUGCAGCCGUCUAUAGCCAUUGAAGUGAAUCCACCGGCAAUGACUCUCAGACCCGGCGCUUCUAGAAGUUUCUCGGUCACUCUGACCGUGAGAUCGGUUUCUGGAGUAUACAGCUUCGGAGAGGUGAAGUUGAAAGGUAGCCGAGGGCAUAAGGUGAGGAUCCCGGUGGUGGCUCUGGGACAUCGGCGAUGA